CGGAGCGGACAUUGUACUUCAGUACGACUUUGUAUCUCCCGCAACGAGAAAAUGUCUGGACGAGGCAAAACCGGCGGCAAGGCCAGAGCCAAGGCGAAGACUCGCUCCUCCCGUGCCGGACUGCAGUUCCCAGUGGGCCGCGUGCACAGGCUUCUGCGUAAAGGCAACUACGGUGAGCGUAUCGGCGCCGGAGCUCCUGUCUACUUGGCGGCUGUGCUCGAGUAUCUGACCGCCGAGAUCCUGGAGCUGGCCGGCAACGCGGCCCGCGACAACAAGAAGACCAGGAUCAUCCCCCGUCACCUGCAGCUGGCUGUUCGCAACGACGAAGAGCUCAACAAACUUCUCGGCGGAGUCACCAUCGCUCAGGGCGGCGUGCUGCCCAACAUCCAAGCCGUGCUCCUGCCCAAGAAGACCGAGAAAGCCGCCAAGUCCAAGUAGAGCUUACAGACCCAAUAGCUCAAAAAACGGCUCUUUUAAGGGCCACCCAAUCGGUUCGUGAAGAGCAGGAUUCUUUUGUGCUGCUAUAAGUGGGGGGUAGUAGUAGUAGUAGUAGUAGGAUGUGCUCUAAAUGACAAACCCGUACUGUGUAUAUUUUAAAUAGAUCCUGAAAUAAAACGCGUUCAAAUGUUAAGUCUUAACCUUUGUUUCACGUCAGACUAAUCAAGCGUGUACCAACCUAAGCAUUUGGAAAUUAGAUAAAGAAAUAGGCCACAAUAGCACAUGACCAGAGAGCCAAUCACAAAUGUCCAUUUUUGGAAGUUCAAAGUGCAGGGGGAAAUAAAGCUGUUGCUAUUUUUCAAAUGUGAUUGAAAUUGUAAACACCGACCUUUCCGAUAACGUAAUUUAAAUACACAUCGAGUCAGUGAUUGGAAUGAUUACAAUUUAGUAAUUAGAACACUUAAUCUUGUUCCAUGGACUGGAAAUAAUUACUUCCCAACAGUGUUUCUUUAGCAGUAAUAUUCAUUCCUUAUGGCACUGCAAUUUAGAGCUACAUUAUACAGCCAAGAUCGUAUUGCUUUUGGACCAAUAACUAUUAGAUGAGCAUUUUUCCUACGGUGUAGUACCAUUAAGGCUCUUGGGGAUUUGGACUAGAUACAUUUAAUAUAAAUGUGGGAGGGAUUAAGAACUGAAAAAGGUCAUUUGUACAGCAUUGCCAUGAGCAAUUCGUUGGGUCAGUCCUGUGUGAAAUUGAAUCAAGAACCCCGAUGAUAAAGAGCUCUAAAUCUU